AUGAGUGUGUUGAGGUGUGACUUUGGCUCCUCGGGUGUGACUUUGGCUCCUCGGGUGUGUGACUUUGGCUCCUCAGGUGUGACUUUGGCUCCUCAGCAUGUUACUGCCACACGCCCAGAGGUCCUGCCCUACCACACACCCAGAGGUCCUGCCCUACCACACGCCCAGAGGUCCUGCCCUACCACACGCCCAGAGGUCCUGCCCUACCACACACCCAGAGGUCCUGCCCUACCACACGCCCAGAGGUCCUGCCCUACCACACGCCCAGAGGUCCUGCCCUACCACACGCCCAGAGGUCCUGCCCUACCACACGCCCAGAGGUACUGCCCUACCACACGCCCAGAGGUCCUGCCCUACCACACGCCCAGAGGUCCUGCCCUACCACACGCCCAGAGGUCCUGCCCUACCACACGCCCAGAGGUGCUGCCCUACCACACGCCCAGAGGUGCUGCCCUACCACACGCCCAGAGGUCCUGCCCUACCACACACCCAGAGGUGCUGCCCUACCACACGCCCAGAGGUCCUGCCCUACCACACGCCCAGAGGUGCUGCCCUACCACACACCCAGAGGUGCUGCCCUACCACACGCCCAGAGGUUUUGACGAGUACUGGGGUGUAAUCCCUGGGGAAUAUUUACAAGUAGAGGGAGAAGGGAGAACCCUCACCCCAACAGAGGUCAGAGACCCCUCACCCCAGCAGAGGUUAGAGACCCCUCACCCCAACAGAGAGGUCAGAAACUCCCUCACCCCAGAGGUCAGAAACCCCUCACCCCAGAGGUCACCCCAACAGAGGUCAGAAACCCCUCACCCCAACAGAGAGGUCAGAAACUCCCUCACCCCAGAGGUCAGAGACCCCUCACCCCAACAGAGGUCAGAAACCCCUCACCUCAACAGAGGUUAA